AUGGUCUCCCUUGCAACAUCGGCACUCCUGGUCGUGAUGGCGCGAAAGGAGACCGGGGGGGAGACUGGGUCUCCAGGCACAGCAGCCAGAGCGAGAGUGAAGCAGUGUGUCUGGAACAACCUGAAUAACGACGCGGACUCCGGGAAGAUUGUGGACUGCCAGUUCAACAAAGCGUCCUCAACAACCGCCCUGCGCCUGACGUGGAAUGGCGAGCUCAGGUAUCAUGGAUUCGGCUCGAGUGCCUGCCUGCGCUGGUUCUUCACUAUUAACGGCGAGGAGUGCAGCAAUCCGGCCCCGAUAGACGGCAUAGCGUACACUUACGGCUUUGACAUCCAUCGUGUUUCAACAAUUGACGGCCUGUGCUACAACCUGCCGGCCGGACCUCUGAUGGUGGCUUUGAAUGUCGGCACAUGCGCACAUGGACAAGCUGCAGACGCCAUGGCGGGCUAUAAUUCUUCCUCUAGAGUGAUCCUGGAGGAACUGGACAUGGCUGACUAG